CACAGUCUUGUAUCUUUCUAUAUGUUUUUCUCUUCUUAAAACAUGUGAGAUCCUUCCAGCAACCAGUGACACCCAACUUAGUAACAGUCACAAUGAAAAGAUCCUCAAACUUUUAAGAAUUCUCAUAUCUCAUUUUCAUACUGCUAUAUCUCUCAGCACUUCUAAAACUACCUCAAGUUUGUGACUUUGUGCCUCCUUCAUCCAAGAAUCUGAUAACUGAGACUCCAAGAUCGAUAGAUCAAAAUGAAGGUGCUAGACUGGGUGCACCAAAAGUUUCGGCACAAUAGCAUCAAGCCUUUCAAGGAACUGACCAUCGGGAAUCCUUGCAUUCGUCUUUCUGCACAGACUUCCCUUGAUGACCAAGACUCCUAUACAAAGCAAAAUUUUGGCUCCAAAGAUGGAUUUGCUUCCUUAAAGCGGCCUAAACAGGAGGAAGAAAGCUAUUUUUCUCAAUAUAAAGCCUCAACAGAAGAAGAAACAUCUACCACAAUCUCUGAACUCUUUCAUGGAUUUCUCAGCAUAGGAACCCUUGGUUCUGAAGCAAACAUAAAUGAGCCAGAGACUCCAACAUUUGCUACACCAGCAUUGGAGAACAUAGCUGACACCCCAACAUUUGCUACACCUCUGGAGAACAUAGCUGAAGGAAGAGUACUAAAAGUGACAGAGAAUGACUUGAAGAUCAUAAAUUAUGAGCUAGAAAAGUUUCUUGAAGCUGAAAGUAAAGAAGAAGUGUUUGAUGAAUCCUCGGCUAGGAUGAGCAGUGUUAGCACCAUCACACUCGGUGGAAAGCAAUUGGAGGGAGUUGAAGAUGAAGAUUAUUGGAAAACAAUGGUGUGUCCACUCCAAGGAUAUCUAUUUGGGUCUUCAAUUGAACUACCGGAAACAAGAGAAGAAUUAAAGAAAGAAAAAGCAUCACUGGCGGAGCUAUUUCAUAGAACAAAGAUAACUGAGAACUGCACUGAGAAAUAUGUUAGUGAGGAAAUACCAGAUAAGCAUAAACAUAAGUCUGCUACACAUUUCAUGAAGAAGAUGAUUAAAAAGCUUCACCUUUCUUCAAAAAUCUCCCUCCAUUCUGCUUGUGGUGACUUACCAGAUUCUGUUUCGGCAAAGAAAGAAAUUGGCAAUGCAACUGAUUCAGUUUCAAGCAAAAAGAAACUUCACAAGGUUAUGCGUAUGUUCCACAGGAAAAUUCAUCCUGAAAACUCUGUAGAUGCUAGAGAAUUCAUCAGGUCCAAAUGUAAUCCUAAGAUCACUCCCAAUGAAGGUGGCUAUACUCAUGGAAAUCUGGUACAAAAGGGUGGAGACAACAGAGGAUAUCGUCGAGGGCCCCCAUCGAUGAGGGAAACCCAAUCCAGAAUGAACAAACUGAACUCGUCCCAACAAAGCAGUCUGAGUUGCAACAACGUUAGGGGAAAGGGAGAGCACUGGAUCAACAUAGAUGACGACUAUUUGGUGUUGGAGCUCCAGCAAUAGAAGCUGUAAGAAAGUGGUUCUCUUCUCAGCCAUCAUCCUUAAUAGUUACAGCUUGUCAGUGUGGUGUUUAAUCUUGUUAUGUUCUUAUAUCUAAGGAAUUUUAGUGAUGAUGGAUUAAACUGAAUCUUAAGCACCAGUAUAUCACCUUGUAUUCCUAGUGUGAUGGAAAACUAAAUCUUAAACACGACGUAUUAGUCUUGUAUUCCCAGUGUGAUGGUAAAUUGUGACUAAGUUCAAGUUUUCUAAUCAAUAAACAUGAUAUUGAUUAUCUGCUA